CCGCUGACUGAGCAUGCGCCACAGAAGCUUUGUGCGGCUCAAUGGCGACUAAACGUGAAGCGGAGCGAGAUGAAGAGUCUGGGGACGUUAAGAGGCUAAAAGUGGACCGAAAAGACGAAGAGAAUGAACCGGAAUGUGAAAAUAUUUUGUCCGGAUUCCAAACAUCCAGAGUUCUGAGGGAUUCUGCCCGCGAGAAAAUCAUUUUCAUCCAUGGAAAGAUUGCUGAUGAGGAGGCCGUGGUCAUUCUGGAGAAGACGCCCAUCAGAGAGGACUCGCUCCCGGAGCUCUUUAGUUCCUCCACCCUCAGAUUAGAGAUGAGGAAUGACGUCUACAGCACGUACCGCCUCCAGGUGCCCUCUCACCUGAACGAGAUUAAGACUACAGUGGUGUGUCCGGCCACUCAGAAGCACGUGAAGAAAUACCAGCAGCAGGAGAGUUUCCUGGUGGAGGAGACGGCGCAGGACUACGAGUCCAUCACUCUGCCCUACGUCCAGCAGCAAAGCUUCAGCCUGCAGUGGGUCUACAACAUCCUGGAGAAGAAGGCCGAGGCCGACAGGAUCCUUUAUGAAGAUCCAGACCUGGAGCUCGGAUUCGUGCUGCUUCCUGACUUCAAGUGGGACCAGAAACAGGUUGACGACCUGUACCUGAUCGCCAUCGCUCAUCAGAGACACAUCGGGAGCCUUCGGGACCUAACGUCGAAGCACCUCCCUCUGCUGCAGAACAUGCUGCAGAAAGGACAGGAGGCCAUCCUGCAGCGCUACCACCUCCCACACAGCAAGCUGCGGGUCUUCCUGCACUACCAGCCCUCCUACUACCACCUGCACGUCCACUUCACUAACCUGGGCUUCGAGGCGCCGGGCUGCAGCGUGGAGCGAGCGCACCUCCUCUCCAAUGUCAUCCAGAACCUGCAGUCGGACCCAAAGUUCUAUCAAACCCGGACGCUGAGCUUCCCCCUGAGGGCAGACGAUGGGCUGCUGGGCAGGUUCAAGGAAGCAGGACGGCUGUAAAAACUGGAACCUGGUUUUUAUUCAGGUCUGAAACCUGGUUUUGGUUCUGUGUUUCAUUUAAAAUGAGUUUGUAUGAUUUCAUGUUUGAAGCCUGUUUUGUUAUAAUAAAUUUAAUGUUGAAUUC